AUGGUGGUCCAAACGGAGAAGCGUCUCAUCUGGCACCCCAGGCUGGACAACAAAUUCUUGGUUGGAGGGAGCUCUCAAGUUACGCUGUACGAAUGGGCUGCAGAGUCUUCCGAGAUUAAGCAUGUCACGUCCAAGCAAGAUCUCAAUCUCAUGAAGUGUGUUGCCUGGUCUCCUGACCCGGCGUUCGAUGAUUUGGUUGCUGUGGGGUUUGGAGGUGGAAAGGUCGAUCUCAUACGGCUGGAGACUACGAGGUCCGCGAGGAGCCAGGGGCUAUCGAGUGGUCCGUCCGUUACCCUUCCAGUGCGCAACUCACGCUCGUGCAAUGCCUUGGCAUUUAACUCCGUCGACCCGAAUUAUCUUGCCGUCGGUUUAGACAAGGUUAGAGGUGACGCAAGUCUUGUCGUUUGGGACGUUGUUACCGCAAACCCAGCGUUGUCGGUCAAGUCGCCCACGCAACUAACGUUCAAUUUGGCACCACCAGGAUCUCUUCCUCGACCGCAGCCUAUAAUCCCGCGAGGUGACGUCGCACCGAGAACAGAUCCCAGAGUGCUCCAGCAGCUCGCUUCAACGGAGGUGGUAACCUCGGUUUCGUUCCUGCCAAAGUCUACGCAUCUACUACUCGCUGGAAUAUCGCACCGAUGGCUCCGUCUGUUCGACCUUCGCAGUCCCACUCCCGGCGUGACCACUGCCGCCAGCAAGGUGCACGGUAUUGCUACCGACCCCUUUGACCCCCACCGUAUCGCCUGCUAUGGCGAUGGAGUCGCUACGAUUUGGGAUGCACGCCGCCUAUCCCACCCGCUGCUUACGUUCACCGAGAAAGAUGCGUCGGCGGACGGCGCCAGACCAAGACAGAGCGCAAUAUUAACUUGCGUAGAGUUCUCCCCCGUUCGACGCGGACUAUUGGCCACGCUCGAGAAGGAAGCCAACCAUGUUCGCUUCUGGGACCUACAGCAGGUCGAACUUCACGCUCAUAGGACCCCGGACCGAAGUCGGUCGCGCGACUCGUCGCAUUCUACCAGAGCGAUUCGUAUGUCAUGGGUGAACCCUUCGAAUAUGCUGCCCUGGUCAAAUCCCGGCAACACCCAUGUCCCAGUUCCCCCGACGCCAGCUGACACCUCAAACUUACCAUAUCAACUUGUACUUUCUAACACACGCAGAACUGAAGGCUUCAAUAAGACGCUAGGAUCCUUUGCUUUCGUUCCAUCCACAGGUUCAUACCCGUUGACGUCAGAUGUUAUGGUCGUCAACCGCGAAGGCGAUCUUGAGCUGUAUGCAGUUCACGACACUCCUAUACACAACCCCUGGAGCGCCCGCGGCGAACUCGCUCUGGGCAUCGGUCGUUCAUAUGCGUUCAUGCCUGCAUUCCAGGAGUCCGAGCCGCCACUGGAGCCCUGGGAGAUCGACGUCGCGGCGCCACCCCGGCAGCAGACCCCUCAUUCUGUCGACAGGCAGCUCCUGCACGACGACAUCUCUCCGCGCGGUCGAGGGCAGACAACGGCGCCGAUGUUCGGCAAGGGCGACGAAGACGGCUUCCCGGCCCUCCCCUGCGAAGACACAGGCCAACCUCGCAGCGACACGGCCGCUGCCCAUCCGCGCCACGGAGUAGCUGCGAAGCGCGUGGCCAGCUCUCCUUCGCCUGCCCGCCAGGACUCUGUCCUCAAAUUUGCUUCGGGCAAGUCGCAGAGCUCCGCUCGCAAGGCGAAAACCCCUGGGCUGCUUUGGGGAAAGUCGCCCGAGGUGACGAUGCAGCAUAUCAUUGAAGGAGAUAUCUCGAUGAUUAUGCGAAGAAGAGUUACCCACGGAUACGGGCUGUUAUCGCCAAUACACAACUACUCGUUGGUCGUUCAGGAUGACCCACCAGAUUCGGCGCUAAGCCAGGUGUGGCUCUGGAUCCAUCAUAUACAGUCUCUACUCUCUGCUCCACCCUCUGCGCUUGAGGGGUACAAUUUUUCGUACCAAGGCGUAAUCGGUGUUUGGGAAGGGUUUAGGUCGUCCCGUUCACAUAUGUCAGCACACCAAACGCCACGGAUAUCUCAGCGCGGCCUGAUGCUUGACAUUCCGCCCAAUCCGGUAUCGAACUUGCUCCUGGAACAGCAUCAUCCCCGUUCUCGGUCGCGACAAGGCGAUGGUCGACGCCCCAAGGGUGGAGCAGACACGCCGCACGACGAAUUCUCCAGCGCGGUUUCUACGCUGCUUUCUGAGAAGUUGCCGAACCACACCUCGUGGAAGCCCGCGGUGAACACGAACAAGCUUGCGCAGCGCCAGCUGGCCCUCUACAUGUGCGCAUGGAGCCUCGCAGAGGAAGACCUCUCGCACGCAGUCCGGCGCUGGGAGAAAGAGCACCGGCACACCCAGGCUGCGUGCUGGCUCGUCUUCACCAAGCAGUACCAUGCUGCCGUCGAGGUGCUGAUGCGGAGCAAAGCAGCGACAGACGAAGCGCACCACAUGAUGUCCGGCAUGCUUGCCGCGCUCGCCGCUUUCGGUAGCUCGGGAGUGCGUAACGUCGAGCUGCGCGAAACCUGCGAGCGCCUCGUCGUCCGUCUCCAAGACCCGUACCUCCGCGCCAUCCUCAGCCACUUGACCUCCACCGACGACUGGGAUGAGGUCCUGGGAGAAGACCUUCUGCCUCUCCGGGAGCGACUGGCGAUCGCCCUCCAGUUUCUUAACGACAAGGAGCUGACUGCCUAUCUGCGGCGCGUGCUGGAUCGCUGUAUACACGAUGGCGACAUUGAAGGUUUGAUCGUCAGCGGGCUAACCUCUCAAGGCAUGGACAUCCUGCAGACGUUUCUGGACGCUUCGGCAGACAUUCAGACUGUCUCGUUGUUGACCUCCCUCAAUCCGGCUAGAGCGCAGGAGGGUCGCACCGAGCGCUGGCUGGGCGCAUAUCGAGAUCUUCUCGACGAAUGGAAACUGUUCCAUCACCGGUGUCAGUUCGACAUCGACCGUGGACGCAUCCUCAACGAUGCGAUCCAGAGCGGCGAGAUACAACCGUUCAGGUUCACGCCGCCGCAGAUGAUCCUGCGGUGCAACUACUGCAACAAACACCUGACCCCGCCGCUCCCCAACAACCUGAGGGUGCGUGCAACUUCCCGUUAUCGGCUUGGCACUGCUGAUAAGGCGCGCAGGCGACCUCGUGCUCACAUUGCGGGCGCUCUCUGCCACGGUGCUCGAUAUGCCUGA